UGCGAGCACUACAUAUGUUUUGAGCGCCGGACACGUUAUUUCGUCCAUAUUUUUAUUUUUCUCUCUGAUAUUUUCUUAAUACUUUCAUGUCUUCGAAUAUCGGUUUUGUUUAAUUUUUUUUUAUCUACACUUUCGUCAUCAUGGAAUAUAUGGGAUACCUGUACAGAAACACAGAAACCAGACCAAACGGACUUAGGUUGUAUGUGUGCGACGUAGUUGGAUGUUCUGCUACCGCAAAAAAGACCGUCUACGGCCACGUUACUUUGACGCGCCCACACAGCCAUCAGACGCACGACCAAAACUCGGAGGGUGACGAUGAAAACGCGCAUCUGAUCGAAACGCUAGAAUUUAAGGCUGCCCUGAGAGCGAAAGUAAACAGCGGCCAUGGGAGGUUAAUCGAUAUUUACAAAUCUGAAGCUCUCAAAUAUCCAAUAGGUGCUGUCAAUUAUCCAUGGAGUUCUGCUUGUUCGUUAAUGACUCGAAUGAGUAAAAACGGUUUUCCAGCAGUACCAAACACGCUCGUAGAACUUGAUAGCUUGUUCAUGAAUGGUGUACUAAAUCGGUUUUCUAUCAACGGCCAUAACAUGUACAAAGGUUAUGUGACAAACAACGAAGGAAAAUCAUCUAUUGUUUUUGCAUGUCGUACUUUAGUUGAACUAGUUUUGAGACUAAAUCCCACUAAUAUGUAUGUUGACCAAACAUUUAGUAUCACUCCGCCGAAACCGAAAUCAGUGGAAUUAUUAACUAUACACUUCGAAAUUGAUGACUAUAGUUUUCCCGUUAUAUACUGUUUGAUGGAAGAUAAAAGUUUUAACUCGUACUACAAUCUUAUUUGUUUUAUUAAAAACAAUAUAUUACCAGAUUACUGUCCCCGUAAUAUUUUUUCGGAUAUUAACUUGUAUUUAGUAUCUCCAUUAGGGUUUUAUUUUCCUACUGCGUCUAUUGAAUGUACUUGGUUUCAGCAUAAUCAGAUUUUAUAUGAACAUAUGGUACGUUUCGGCUACUUAAAUCUAAUCAUGAACAGUGGAAUCGCCUUCAGGUGUUUAAAAAUGUUGAUGGUGCUGCCAUUACUACCACCGAAUAAAAUAGAAACAGGGUUUGAAGAAGUGAAAGCGUAUGCGAUGAGAAUGCGAGUCCACAUGCCCCAAAUAUUUAACUAUUAUAGAUGGCAUUGGCUGUAUCAAAUUGGCACGAAUAGUAUAUCUGUUUACUUGAAACCAACAAAAACAAUCGACAACAUUGAGUUAUUUCAUAAAAAGUUUGAUCGCACCCUUCGAAGUUCGCCCACUAUUUGGACAUUUCUCAGUGGUAUUUAUAAUCUUAAUAGCAUAUACGCCACAGAAGCAAAUCGGCUUAUUCAGGGAGGUUUUCCAGCAAGAAGUUUUAGAUGUCAGCUUAUGUACAAUAAUUUAAAGAUUAAAGUCAACACUCAACGACUGAUGGCAGGCAGAGUUACAAUCAAAGACUUUAUACUUUUAUGUUCAGAAACUCUAAACGGUUAUGAAGAACAUUUGAGAUCUUGGGCUGUUAAAACGUCUAUGAAUAAUGCAUUAAAUCAAGAUCUGAAUGGUGAAAGUUCUGGUACUGAUGUUGAAAUGAAUGAUGAUGAUUUUGGAAUAUCCAACAACGUUGCUCAUGAAAAUUUAGAGCAACAACAACAACAACAACAACCACCACCACAACCUCCACAACCACAACAACAACAACCCCCACAACCACAACCCCCACAACAACAACAACCACCACAACCACCACAACCACCACAACCACCACAACCACCACAACCACCACAACCACCACAACCACCACAACUACCACAACAACAACCACCACAACAACAACAACCACGACUACAACAGUUACAACAACUACAACAUGAACUCGAACGCAUAGUUAACAGUACUGAUCCUAGUGAAGACAUGCCAGCUUCACCAGCAUCCGAUGUUCAGUCUCCAGAAAUCCAUGGAUAUUGUAUGGUCUGUUUUACAACGAAACGAGAACGCAAGUACAUAAUUUUACCUUGUGGCCAUUCUUGGAUGUGUCAAAAGUGUUGUAACCGAGGUUUAAAAACAUGUCCAUACUGCAGAGAAGAAAUACAAAGUUUUGUACGCGUUUUGGAAACAACCAUAUAAUUAUAUACCACCGACUAAAGUAAAUUUUAUUAAGAUACAAUCUCCAUGCAAAAUGUUUACUACUUCCAUUUUAUUUUCAAUAUGUUAUUUACACUUAUGUCGGUGGAAGCAAUAAUUGUUCCUACUACUCAGUAUGCAAUUUUGUCUCAAAAACGCAGCAUAGAUCUUUUUGACGGAGAUUGUAUCUAUUUUUUUUUUUUGUACAUGA